AUGCAGCGCGUCUCUGUCCUGUUCCCUUCAUGGAACCGGGCAAAGCAAACAACACCCGUUACCCCCAGGUCGCCCAGUGCCCUGAAUAAAGUUUUCGGAUGGGGAGGGAAGGCGGUUGUGCCCGUCAAGACGACCCAACAACCCACAAGUUACGAUCGCGAAACAUACUGGCCAACAACCCUGGACAAGGAAUGUGACAAGGCCGCCAGGAUAUUAAAGUCUUUUUGCAUGGAUGGAUUCCUUGUAGAAGAACCACAAGAGCAAGAUCCGAAUACCGACACCCCACCAACACCAAAAUCCGUCACGAAAAAGAUCCCACCAAGGAUAUUACAAGAUGCCGUUGGCCUCGCAGUCUUUUCGUGCAUGCGCUCGGGACUAUGGAUGUCGGGGUCAGGCGGAGCCGGGUUGAUUACAGCAAGGAGAGCGGAUGGCACAUGGUCACCGCCGUCUGGUAUAAUGCUUCAUACGGCCGGGUUAGGCUUCGUCAUGGGAGUUGAUAUCUACGAUUGCGUCCUUGUCAUCAACAGCGUACAAGCUCUCGAACUUUUCACCCGUCCGAAGGUGGUUCUCGGAGUCGACGUCGACCUUACCCUCGGCCCGCUUAUCGAUGCCGACUCGACGGACAACGACACGCGAUGGAAGGACCUCAAUGAUACCGUUCUUACAUAUAUCAAAGCCCGCGGCAAGCAUCAACCAGUACCCCUUGACGGUUCGCUUGUCUCCGAACGCGGCAACGAGAACGUUCGAUUCUACAACAGCGACGUUUCAGUCCUCGACAUCCUCGCCGGCAACAUUGGCAAGGAGAUUCCCGAGAUGCGCCCGCUAUUCGAGGUCAUGAAGGCUGCCGAGGGACGGACGGAUUAUGACGCAGAUGUUAUGGAGAUGCUUGCUCAGCAGCCCGCCCCUAGUGAUGCCGUAAUCGAUGCCCCACAGACAUCGGUCCGACAGUCGAUCAUGAAGAACCCCUUCGGUAUCCCCGAUGCCGACGAUCCGGAUCCGUUUGGUGUCAUUGGCCUCGAAAUGGCUGGCAUUGAAAUCAGAGAAGCCGGCACACGUCUACGACCCAUCAGCACCCAAUUCGAGUUCCACCCCAGUCCCAAGAGCCCCGUGUUCGCCAGGUUCAGCCGUGACACGUUCCAAUCCAGGAGUAACCGCGAAAGCUGUGUAUCAACACAAUCGACAAGGUCACAGGCUACCAUCAUGACGGACGCGUGUACGCAAACAGAUGUCACGAGCACCCCUGAGACAAGUUUCAGCCGCGCCAAUAGUAUGGACGGCCGAGACUCAAAGUUGUCGGAUAAGCUCCCCACUGUCGUGGAACCGGAGCUCGAACCAGAAGAGAUUGACUAUACGCAGAUCGAUAUGAGCAUGAUUCAACGAUUUAGGCCGCUGCCCGAAGAAGAAGAGGAGGAGAAGCUGCAGCCUGAGCCUGUGGCCAACCUUGAUGACAAGACCGAUGCGGAAACCACCGACGCCAAAUCCAUCAAGGACGACGCGAGCGAACACCAUGAAAGCGAGAAAGACGAAAGCGAAAGAGACGAGGACGCCGACGACGAAGAAGAUGAAAGCGACGAGGACUUCGACGACGAAGCCAUCAUCUGCGAGGUUGCCACUGCUCAACCCGCCCGAAGCUCCAUCCGCUCAUCCCAAAUAACGCAAGUUAUCCACGCUAAGGCAGGAAUCGUUACCAUUCCGAAGCGAGUCCCUCCUCCGCUGCCUGCCAGGUCCGCGGCCCGCGUUUCUAGGGGAAGCCGUGGUACCGACUACGGCAGUAUAAGCGAGAUCUCCCUCAAAUCGCCCCUCCGCAACUCUUUUCUCUCUAUGGACUCCCGCAUGAGCGACACUCUGGCUUCUGCUGACGCGAGCGAGGCGUUCGUUACUCCUCCCGCAGUCAUGGAGGAGGUUGAGCCUGCUUCUCCUGAGCCAGUCAGGCGUUCUGUCCAGGGACACCAGAAGAACUCGUCGUCGGUGAACACGGCUGUGGACUUGUCCGCUAAGCGGAGGGCAAGCUUGGAGACGUCUCCUGAGGUACCCGCUACCCCGAGGACGGUCGAUUUGACUUCUUCUGCUGAGGAUUCGGAGAGGGAGCCCAAGACGCCCAAGACGGAUUCUGGGUUUGUCAGCACCACGACUCUUGACAACGAGAAGACUGGUGUCAAGGAGGUGAACAUUGUCUCGGCCCAUGGCGUUGAGACCAACCCUGUUGCGGUUGUAUGA